AUGCAGGUUCUCACCCUCCUCCUCGCGACCACAGCCGUGAUCACCGCCUCACCCAUCCCGGCCAACUCCGCCACGGAGACCCUCGACCAUACUAACCUCACCAAGCGUUCUUCCGCAAUGUGCCUCGAUUGCUUCUCGUGCAAGGCAAAGCAGCAGGGGCCCGUCCUUAAGUACACACUCCGCAUCGGCGCCCCGUACAUCAACGGUGCUGGCUGCGACUCGAUCAAGAAGCAACUCACGGACGAUGACAGCGUGCCUGAGAUCGACAGCUGGAGCUGCAAGGACGACAAGGGCAUGACCAAGAUCUCUUUCGUCGCCUGGGACUACAACCAGGGCUGGCAGAUAUCGCAGGCAUUCAAUCGCGCGUACCCAUCUAUCAAGGCUAAGCACCCAUACGGGUUCAACUGUCCGAACAACUAA